AUGGCAGGUCUGCACAGGCUCUCCUUGACGCUUUCGCUGCAUCGUCAGAUGAUGCUCACAAGCAUAUCGCGUUUGCAGCAGUUCGUCGGAACCCAGGCCUUCCAUGUAACAGCAGCAGAGGAAUUGCUCAACAAGGUACACGAUAAAGACCUUGUGAAAACGCUGGGCUUCAUCAAUGGCGAGUGGGUGAGCGCUUCAGACGGCAGCACUAUACCGGUGGAUAAUCCAGCAACUGGGGAGGUCAUUGCGAACGUUGCAUGCCUCAAAGCCAGCGACACCAAGUCUGCCAUAGCUGCAGCCAGCGCAGCGUUUCCGCUAUGGAGCAGCAAGACGGCCAAGGAGCGUAGCACCGUCCUCAGAAGAUGGUACGACUUGGUGCUUGCGGCUCAGGAUGACAUCUCCACCAUCAUGACCGUUGAGUCUGGCAAGCCCUUUGCCGAGUCCAAGGGGGAGUUCACAUCCGGGGUGGCUUCGAUAGAGUGGUUUGCGGAGGAGUGCCGGAGGGUCACGGGGGACAUUCUGCAGACGGUGCACAAAGACCGGCGCAUGCUGGUGGUGAAGCAGCCGGUGGGGGUGGUGGCAGCCAUCACCCCCUGGAACUUCCCCAUGAGCAUGAUCACGCGCAAGGUUGCCCCUGCGCUGGCUGCCGGCUGCACGGUAAUUCUGAAGCCGGCAGAGUCAACUCCGCUGACUGCUCUGGCGCUGGCAGAGCUGGGCCACAGAGCAGGAAUCCCCAACGGCGUCCUCAACAUCAUCCAGGGCGAUGCAAAAGCCAUCGGUGACACUCUAAUAGAGAGCGACUCGGUGCGCAAGAUUGGUUUCACGGGGUCAACGCGGGUCGGCAAGCUGCUGUUUGCCGGCGCGGCCGACACCGUGAAGCGCGUGUCGCUGGAGCUCGGCGGCAACGCGCCGUUCAUCGUGUUUGACGACGCCGACAUCGACGCGGCAGCGGCCGGCGUGGUCACGUCAGCGUUCAGGAACGCUGGGCAGACCUGCAUCUGCGCCAACCGCGUCUUCGUGCAGGACGGCAUCUAUGAUGAGUUCACCAAGGCGGUGACUGAGAAGGUGAAGAAGCUGAAGCAGGGCCCUGGCCUGGACCCUUCAUCCACCCUUGGUCCCCUCAUUAACACUGCUGCUGUGGAGAGGGUGCAAGGUCAUGUGGACGACGCCGUUGCCAAGGGAGCCACAGUCACUGUCGGAGGCAGCAAACCCGACCUCCCAGAGCCCUACAACAAGGGGUUCUUCUAUGCACCGACGGUGCUGUCCAAUGCCACGAUAGACAUGAAGAUCUUCCGCGAGGAGACUUUUGGCCCCGCCAUGCCACUUUUCCGAUUCCACAAUGAUGAGGAGGCGAUCCAGCUGGCAAACAACACCGAGUACGGCCUGGCCGCCUACUUCUUCACCAAGGACCUGAAGCGCUCGUGGCAGGUGGCAGAGCGGCUGGAGUAUGGCAUGGUGGGGGUCAAUGAGGUGGCCAUCACAUCUGAAGUGGCGCCCUUUGGCGGCAUCAAGCACAGCGGGCUGGGCCGGGAGCACUCCAAGUACGGCCUGGAUGAAUUCCUGUACAUCAAGUACAUCCAGAUGGGCAUUGGAUACGACAACAAGGGCAUCUGA